AUGGGGAAAAGCAUCUGCUCCAGACGACAGAGGAGAUUAUUUCAGAUUUGCUUAUUCCUGCUCUUCAUCUGUGGGACUGUGUGCGCUUUCAUGAUCUCAUAUGAGAUGCAUAAAGAGCUGAAACAGACAGAAGCGACUGCUUUACAGUAUCAGCAGCAUCAAGAGUCACUGUCUGCGCAGCUGCAAGUGGUUUAUGAGCAUCAUUCAAAACUAGAGAAAUCUCUUCAGAAAGAGAGACUCGAGCACAAGAAGACUGAAGAGGAGUUCCUGCUCUUUAAACGGGAAACGCAGAAGACCCUCAACAAAGAAAAGCAAGAUUCCACCAGUCGACUGAAUGUUUUGCAGACACAGCACCAAAUACUGCAGUCCCAGCAUGAAGACUUAAAGAUGCAAUAUUAUGAACUUCAGAAGAAGAACCAGAAUCAAGGGGAGAAUCAUGAACGAAUCAUAGAUGAGCACAGACAAGAAUUGGAUCACCUGCAUAGAGAGAAAGAGGUUGAAAUAUCUCAACUAAAAGAGAAUGUGUACAACCUUCAAGUGGAGAACAAACAACUGAGGAAAGCUCAUCAGGACAUCUACACACAGAUGCUUGACGUGCGGGAACAGCACAAGAACCUGAAGGCUUCAAAAGAUCAUCUUACACUCACUUUAGAAGAUCAUAAAAAUGCACUUGUGGCAGCACAGCUUCAGGUGGAUGAGCUGAGGCGAUUAAAGGAGAAUCGCAAUAAAGCAUCCAGUGCAGGCCAAGCGGAUCAAAUUCGUAAAUUUGCAACCGAGCGCACGCACAACCACAUACUGGAAACGGUAGCGCACAGACACAGACCAAAUGAGGAGCAGGAUAAAAAACCCAAUCAGGUGGAGGGAUAUAUGGAGAAGCGAAAAGGAUUUUUCCCUCAAGAGGAAAUGGGAAAGAAAGGGGGAAAAGGCACAUCAAAGGAUAGAGAAGGAGAGGAUGAGAGUAAAAAGCCAUUGCUGGAACAUUUCUUAUCAAACCCAAAAGAGCUGGCCAUGAACUCGAACUAUACGCUAAGCCAAACCCUGAAGAAACAGAUACGGAUGGAGCCGCUCCACGGGACUGAAGGACACCUUGGGGCUUUGGAUCCAGUUAUUGCUGUUGGGAACGCUGUGAAAUCACAUGGUGUUAUAGCAGGACAAGAAAAUGCAAAAGAGGACACUCAACACUAUGGCACGGUGGCAGGCAAACCAGAGCAGGAGGACCACCCGGAUGAGGAAUAUGAUGAUGCAGAGGAUGAGACUCUUGAUGACUCAGUGCAUAGAGUGAAAAGAGCAGAUGAGGAAGACAAUGAAGAAGAUCCUUAUAAUGAGCAUAAUGGAGCAGAGGACCGCAAUAGCCUAAACUUAAACAGAAGCGGCAACUGAUGGGAAUCAAAAAGAGAGCUUUCAAAAAGAACACUGAUGAAAAUGGGUGAAGAACAACCAAUCAAAAGCCUGAGAGGUGAAGAUCUGAUUCCAGUGUCAUAUGAGUGGCUAUACCCUACAAAGUGUUAUGACAUAACUCAUCAAGGUUUUAAGAUCACUUGUUUUUCGAACUGACUACCUAUGCAGUUUUUUAUUUAGUAGGGAUUUGUUGAAAAGUUAUAUUUAAUCAAAAAACUGUAUCUUAUCAAUUCACUCUACUAGGACAAUAUGAACUGACAUGUUUCUGAAUGAAAUAUAUGUAAUGACUCCAUAAUACUUCUUAUAUAUCAAGAAAUUAUCAAAUGAUUUCUUGUAGGUAUUUAUCCUCAGCUCUGUCUUUUAUUUAUGUUUAAAGAGUCGGUUUCCCGGACUGGGUUUAGGUUAAGCCAGGACUAUGCCUAAGUUAUAUAAGGGUAUUUAACAAACUUUUUUCAACAUACCUUUCAAAAAACAAUACUGGUGUGCAUCUUGAGACAAAGCAAUGGCACUGAUAUAUGUUAUGGCAAGAUGUUUUUAAAUUAUGGCAGCUCAAACAUGCAUUUUAGUCUGGGACUAGGAUAAGCCCUGUCCGGAAAACCACCCCAUAUGUUGUAAUGUAGUAAGACGUGUAGAAAGAGUAAAGCGAGUGAUCGAAUGAUUACUUUUUGUAUUUUUCAAGCAUUUUUACUCUAUGAAAGGCGGAGUGCACAAUGGUUGAAAGCCAAUGUUGAUAUUUGAAAUCACCUAAACAUACACGCCCCUACCCCAAUAGAAUCUGCACCUUCUUUUGAUAGACCUGCCCCACACAUACACAACCCCGGUAAGGAUGUUGGUUAGUAGACACACCCCUUACUGCUGAUUGGCUACAAGUGUGUUUUGGUAAUCGGCCCGACUCCCUUUUCCAAAGCGUUUUUCAAACAUUGUGCACUCCGCCUUUAAUU